AUGCCCCGCAGCAACGGCGCUGGUAAGAGGUGGCAGCAGAGGCAGCAGCCGAAGAACAAACCCACUCUCGCGAGAACUCGCCCCAACCCACCUCGGGUCCCGUUUCUGCGCGCGCCAGGCCCCUCCCCCGGCCCGGCGCGCGCACGCCGCUCGCGCCUUCAGCGGCGGUCGUUGUUCUCUGGUCUUGUAGCUCGCCUAUGGGCGGGAAAUGGAGAGCCAAAGCUUACAGAGUUCGAGUCUCACUCCCCACAAAGGAUUUUAUUUCCUGACUCUUCCAUAUUGCUUGGUGCAUAA